UUGAUUGGUUAACUUCAGCCACUUGAUGACAGCAGAGAGGUUCCUUUUCCACAGAGCAUAAAAGGUGCAGCAGCAGAAAAAGGAGCAGUUCUCAAUAAAGGUAGAACUACGAAAUAUUUAAUCUGCUGGCAAAUUAUUAUUAUCAUUUUUUUUUUGUGUAGAAAAUGAACAACUAUAGGAGAUCAACGAAUCUUUGGCAGAAAAGUUUGUCCAAGAAAAAGACCAAAUGGAGGGAGUCCUAUUCUACCUAUAUCUUUAAAGUGGUCAAGCAGGCUCAUCCAGACACUACAAUAUCGAGGAAGGCAACUAACUUACUAUGUCACUUGAUGAAGACAAUCUUUCACAUUAUUGCUAGAGAAGCAUGUCGACUGGCAUUACUUGGCAGGUGUUGCAUCGUCACCAGCAAGGAAGUACAGCUGGCAAUCCAAAAGCUUUUUCCAGGGGAUCCACUAAAGCCUGCAGUUCCUCCUCCUGGAGUAAAAUCUGUUAAAAAUUAUGGUGGCCGGUAAAGUACAUUCAAGUUUGCUGGCAGCUAAGAAAUGCCGCAAUAGCUGAUACUUAACUACAUACUUAAGUUCAUGCAUCUGUGAAGGAAAAUCCCUUAUGAACAUUGUAAUUGAAUAAUGCAGAACCUGUUCUAUCCAAUGGCCGUAGAACUGGUAUCACUCAUGAAAAAAUAAAUCCUGUACAAUAAAUUUUUCCUGACUUAUUCAC